GGCGGCGGUGGAGGAGGAGACUGAGGAGCAGGAUGGCGGCCUCGGCCCUGUACGCCUGCACCAAGUGUACCCAGCGCUAUCCCUUCGAGGAGCUCUCCCAGGGCCAGCAGCUUUGCAAGGAACCUGAAGCCGCAAAGCUGAUGGCAUCCUUCUUCCCUGUCCAGGAAAGCGAAGCGUCUGGCUUGGGAACAGAAUGCUCUAUGAUUUGGAGCUCCUCCCAUCCCAUUAAAGCCGGGAUGCUGUCUGAAUGUCGGAUUGCGCAUCCCAUUGUAAAAUGUACUUACUGCAGAUCAGAAUUUCAACAAGAGAGCAAAACUAACACGAUUUGUAAGAAGUGUGCUCAAAAUGUGAAGCAAUUUGGCACCCCUAAGCCUUGUCAAUACUGUAACAUAAUUGCAGCAUUUAUUGGUACCAAGUGUCAGCGUUGCACAAAUUCAGAAAAAAAAUAUGGACCACCUCAGACUUGUGAACAGUGCAAACAGCAAUGUGCUUUUGAUCGGAAGGAGGAAGGAAGAAGAAAGGUUGAUGGGAAGUUAUUAUGCUGGCUCUGUACUUUAUCGUACAAGAGAGUUUUGCAGAAGACAAAAGAACAAAGGAAGAGCCUGGGAUCGUCACAUUCAAAUUCAUCUUCUUCAUCUCUUACUGAGAAAGACCAGCAUCAUUCAAAACAUCAUCACCACCAUCAUCACCAUCACCAUCGUCACAGCAGUAGCCAUCACAAAAUCAGCAAUCUGAGUCCAGAACAAGAGCAGGGACUGUGGAAACAGAGCCAUAAAUCCUCUGCAGCAAUUCAGAAUGAAACUCCAAAGAAAAAGCCCAAAUUGGAAUCUAAGCCAUCUAAUGGAGAUAGUAGCUCUAUAAAUCAGUCAGCAGAUAGUGGGGGAACAGACAAUUUUGUCCUUAUAAGUCAACUGAAAGAAGAAGUGAUGUCACUUAAACGUCUCUUACAACAGAGAGACCAGACCAUUUUAGAAAAAGAUAAAAAGUUAACUGAACUUAAGGCAGACUUUCAGUACCAAGAGUCAAACUUGAGAACAAAGAUGAACAGUAUGGAAAAAGCUCACAAAGAAACUGUGGAACAACUCCAGGCCAAAAACAGAGAACUACUCAAACAGGUUGCAGCAUUGUCAAAGGGUAAAAAGUUUGACAAAAGUGGAAGCAUAUUAACAUCCCCUUGAGAAGUGGUUGGUUAUUCAUUAGUGUUUCUGCUGAAAAUGUAAAAUUGGAAAAAAAUUCUGUGAAGCCCUUAAAUUCUGUGUAGUGGAAAAAUAUUUUUGCACACCAAAUAAAUUGGCAUGUUUCCUAUUCACUUUUGUAA